GGAAGAAUCAGUUUUAACCCAACUCCUAGGACCCAGGAUCCAAACGAUGUUAAACCUAAUAUUUAUUAUUUCACGCUCUGCCGUGUGACUUGCACAAACCCCAUCAACCACCGGGUGAGACCGGCCAUAGCACAAAUCCCUCCGAUUCCGGUGAUAGAUCUGCACGCUGCAGUAACUUAGUGCUAUUCUGCAGCAACUCAGCCGCGACUGUGCACGUCUUCGCCGCCGUUCUGCCGCAACUUCGUCGCUGAUCUGGUGCAACUCUGCGACGACUCUACCGCUGUCUUCUGUAACUGCGCAGUGAGUCCGCGGAUGAUUCUCCACUGAUCUGCUGAGUUAAGGUAGAAACCAGCAUACAUGUUCACCAAUGACCGGAGGCAACAAGAACGGACAGGGAGAUAUGGAACUUCCAGAGUGGAAUUCCUUCAGGAAUUGGUGACUCAGUUUCAGAACACAUCUGCAGAUGAACCAAGAGAGAAGAUUUUGGCAAAUUUGGCCAACUUUGCCUAUGAUCCUUACAACUACAACUUCUUGCGUCAGCUUAACGUUUUGGAACUUUUCAUUGACUGCUUAACGGAACCGAAUGAAAAGCUUGUAGAAUUUGGUAUAGGAGGGAUCUGCAAUUCGUGUGUUGAUCCUGCCAAUUCCGCAAUUGUAACUGAGUUUGGUGGGAUACCCCCAAUAAUUCAAUGUUUAUCAAGCCCAGUUAGGAACACUGUAAAUUAUGCACUUGGGGCACUUUAUUAUAUCUGUAACGAUUUUAACAAGGAGGAGAUUUUAAAGCCCGAAGUUAUUGACAUCAUUAAAAGGUAUGCAGCCGCCGAAGAUGUUAGUGUGAGUUUCAGUAAUCUGGCUAAAGCUUUUCUGAAUAAACAUCUAUCAGGGAACGACUGAGAAACAGAAUUUAAACUUUUUUGCUCACAAUUUACACUACCUUCUACAAUUAAGUAUGUACUGUUAUUCAAACUGUGAGUCUUGUCUUACACAGAUGAAAACAAUUGCUUUUAGGGCGUCCUCCGAGUAUGUGUGCAAACAAACACAUUUAUUCCCGUGUUCUGGGUUGAAUUUGAGUAUUGGUAUCAUUGUAUAUUCGAAUGGUGGUGUAGAAUUUAAGAAAUGGACAUGAUUUCAGAAUA